CCAAAAAAGAUCCUCCGUUUUUAACUUUGCCCUCCUGUCCCCUUCCUCUACCCUGUACGUUGACAUCGGGUCCUUCAUCUGUGUGAACUGUUCAAUUGUGAUCCAAUAGACAUCAUGGGUCAGACCUUGUCCGAGCCCGUGGUCGAUAAGACUUCCGAUGAGGGUCAAGAUGAGUGUUGUAUAUACGGCGUUUCCGCCAUGCAGGGCUGGCGAAUCAGCAUGGAGGACGCCCAUGCUGCCGUCCUAGACCUCCAGGCCAAGCUCGCGGAUGAGGAGGAAAAGCCGACCGACCCCGACAAACGACUCGCGUUCUUCGGUGUAUAUGACGGGCACGGCGGAGACAAAGUGGCUUUGUUCGCCGGGGAGAAUGUCCACAAAAUCGUGUCGAAACAAGAGUCCUUCGCCAAGGGUGAUAUCGAGCAGUCCCUCAAGGACGGCUUCCUGGCCACCGACCGGGCGAUCUUGGAAGACCCGAAGUACGAGGAGGAAGUGUCUGGCUGCACCGCAGCUGUCAGCGUGAUCUCGAAGCACAAGAUCUGGGUGGCCAAUGCUGGUGAUUCCCGCUCCGUGUUGGGUGUGAAGGGCCGCGCGAAGCCCCUUUCUUUCGAUCACAAGCCCCAGAACGAAGGCGAGAAAGCUCGUAUUAGCGCCGCGGGUGGAUUCGUCGACUUCGGCCGUGUCAAUGGCAACCUGGCUUUGUCGCGGGCCAUUGGCGAUUUCGAAUUCAAGAAGAGCCCCGAGCUGUCUCCCGAGCAGCAGAUCGUCACGGCCUAUCCGGACGUCACAGUGCACGACCUCAGCGACGAUGAUGAGUUCCUCGUCAUUGCCUGUGACGGUAUCUGGGAUUGCCAGUCCUCUCAGUCCGUGGUCGAAUUCGUUCGCCGCGGCAUCGCUGCCAAGCAGGAUCUCCACCGGAUCUGUGAGAACAUGAUGGAUAACUGCCUUGCCUCCAACAGCGAGACCGGCGGCGUUGGUUGCGACAACAUGACGAUGAUCAUCAUCGGCCUCCUGAACGGUAGGAGCAAAGAGGAGUGGUACAACCAGAUAGCCGAGCGCGUUGCGAACGGCGACGGCCCUUGCGCUCCGCCCGAGUACGCUGAGUUCCGCGGCCCCGGUAUCCGUAACCAAUUCGAGGAAAACCCGGAUGACUUUGACAUGGAGAACGACCGUGCGCGUGGCUUCAGUGUACGGUCGGGCCGCAUCAUCCUCUUGGGGGACGGUACUGAAUUGAUUCCGGAGCAGAACGAUGACGAGCUGUUUGACCAUACCGAGGAAGACCGGGACCUUGUCGGUCAGGUGCGCCGCGACUCGCCCGAUGCUGUUCGGAAUGAACGCGAGGGGACCCCCGGGCCGCAGUCGAAGGAUGCCCCCAAGGCCGACGGAGCCUCUGCUGCCAACAUAUCGGAGUCGCCGUCCACCGCGGAGGCCCCUGGAACGCCGCAGAAGCCGAGCUCGUAG